CUCUCCUCCUCCUCUCCGGUGUGUUGCAACGCAGCUCCGGCUCAGUUCCCGGUGGAGAUUUUUCUGGUUGGAAAUCUUUUGUGUCUCCUGCUUCUUUCUUUCUGUCGCGACCAUGAAGCUUUCCGGCGGCUCUUUCAAACCUUCCUCCCUCUGAGAAGCCCGCAGGACCUUCAGCUUUCCACAUCUAUUGGACAACAAGGGGAAGAAGUCCAAAAUGUCCUCCAGCAGUAAAAAUGACCAGUGCCAAAUAUGUGGCGGAGCUCUCCAGGGAAACCAACGGCGCUGGCUGUUUGGGGGCCAGAAUAAGAAGACUGGUCAGCCUCAGACCCCAACAGGGUCCCUGAGAGGAGGGAGCCGGUCCCAGUCAUCACAGAGCAGCUCCUGGGGCAGCACGUUAUCUCUUGGUUCCUCUGUUUCUCUCUCCAAGUCCCUGAUGUCCGUGAGCUCCCCCUCCAAGAGCGUGGAUCUGCUCGCGGUGUUGACCCACAUACUGGGGCAGUCUGUACCACGGGGCGGCGGGCAGGGGGAGUUUGUGUGUGGCAAAUGUGUGUGCCUGCUAGAACGCGUGUUCAAGUUUGACACGGUCAUAGCCAGGGUGAGGGUGCUUUCGUCUGAGCGCCUUCAGAAGCUGACACAGGAGAGGGAUAAAAUCAGACAGUGGGUGCGCCAAAACUACUGCCAGAGGCAUCUGCAGGACUUUCAGAGCAGAAGCAGCACCAGCGAGGAGGAAGGUGAGGUGGAGAAGGAAGGCUACAGGGAGAUGCUCAAGGAAAACAUGGCGCUCUCAGAGUACGAGUGCUGGUCAGAGAAGUGGGACACGUGUCCGUAUUUUAUCAGAACGGGGAAAAGAUGCAGAAAAGGGAAGGGGUGCGAAGGCUGCGAUUCCUUACGGGUGUCCGACUCGGAUUAUGAGUCAGUUUGUGGGGUUCCUCGUCACAUGCCUUUCCAGCCCUUUUCCCCGUUGUCCCAGGACAGAUCCCAGAGCGUGCCCCUCCACUGGCAGAGGGUGCCAUCCGUCAACUCCAGCCCAGCCUCGCUGGCAGGGUCCAGUCUCUCGUUACGAGCUCCUUCCCGCACGGAGUCCAUUCAGUCUCUUGAUUCUCUGGAUGGGAAUGACCCCUUUGAUUCAACGAGUGACCAGUCAGUCAACUUCAUGCUGAGAGAGCUGAGAAGUAUUGGAGGGAAGCCGGUCAGUUCGCCAUCAGGGAGUAAGAUCCCCAUUCUGGGCAAAAGGGAUGGGAGGUACCUGGGAAAAAUCGAGGAGACUGCAUCACCCACAGUGACCAGGGUGCUGAACUUCAGGGAAGUGGAGAACGGAGGGGAUGAAAUGGAUGAAGAGGAUGGGGAUGUCCUGACACUGCUGAGGGACGAGUUCAUGCCUCUUCACAGAGAGAAGACUACUGCUAGAGUCCAUCAUGGUAUCAGGCACCUAAAAGACAAACUUGACCAAGCUGCGUCCCGCAUCAGGACCCUGGAGGCCGAGCUGAAACAUGGGAGAAGCAAACAAGUGGAAGUCAACGGAUCACAAGACUGGGCCCCUCUGGUCCAGGAAAAGGAGGCUGGCAGUUCCCUGCUGCAGAGCCUCGGCCUCUCCCUGCACAGCCGCGAGCGUCUGAUCCAGGAGUGUACGGGUCUGAUCAGCAGGCUGUGUGUGGAGGAGGGAGCUGGGACUGAGCUGGCCAACAAGCUGACUGAGAAACUGACUGAGAACUUGAGAGAGAUUAUCUCUGACAACAAGGCUGCGCUGGAGGCUCUGAGGUCUGAAAUGACUGAAAAAGAGAAGAGCAUGGAGAACGAGAUCGAGGCUCUGAGGAAGGCUGGACGAGACCGAGAGAGAGACCUGGACACCCUCAACGCUGUGCUGCAGUGCAACCAGGAUGUCAUCAGUGACCUGCGGGUGGCUCUGGGAGAGAAGGAGCAACUGCUGAAGGAGGUGGAGAAAGAGAGGGAAUUGUGGAGGCAGAGGGACGGGGCCCUCACUGCUGUCCUGCAGGAGAAGGAGGCUCUGAUCCGCACCUUCAAAGAGCAGCUGGAGAAAGGGGUGGAGGCUCUCUCAGAUUCUGUGACUGGCCAGCAGUCAGGAGGGGGCGGGGCUGAACUGGCAGCUAUGUUGAAGGAUCAAGAGGAAAGCAGCGCCACCUUGUGCCAGGAGGUCACCAAGCUUACCACGACCCUGCGGGAAUACCAGGACAUGGUGCAGAGUCAGCAGGAGAGUCACAGUCGGACGGUGUCCUCUCUGACAGCUCAGCUCAGAGACGCUCGGCAGGAGCUGAGGGAGAAGGAGAAGGAGAAGAAGGAGGCGGACCGAGCGCUGCGGAACGACAGGGAGGACAGAGAGCGAGGCGAGAGGAGACUCAGGGACAGCCUGGAGAAGAGGGACAAACUCAUCGAGCAAAUCCUUUUGGAUGCUGAGGAGCGGGACCAUCUGUUCAGAGAGCUGCAGCAGAACCUGCAGAACAAACGUGAACCUUUGACGGCCGUCAAACACACACUGUGAUGGAGGAAGAGGAGGAGGAGCCAGGCUGACACACUGUACCGACACCAUGCAAACUCACUGCACAAAGACAGAGGAGCACUUUGCACUUUCCUCACCUCCUUUGUGCCUCCUGAGCAUAUUUAUCGUGGUGUACAUUAAGUCUAUUUAUAUUUAUCCGCGCAGAUUAAUGAGACUUGAAGGAAAGAACUGCUUUUCUCUGUGGAGUGAGUGAGACGGUGUGAUUGUUUUCUGGAUGGGGAAAUGUCAUGUCUGGGCUCUCGUAGCUGGACGUUUAAUACUUGAUUCAGAAACGAGCAGAUUACUGUAUAAAUGUGAUUUUGAAUGUAACGGGUUUAGGCAGUGAGAUCAUUUCAUGCAGCGGGAACAUUUCUGAAUGGUGUGAUUGUCCUUUAGGACAGGAGCGGGCACAAUAUCGCUUUAAAAGUUUUUUUGUUUUUUGUUUUUUGCCUAAUUCUAAUCUUUAAAGCUCUUUAUGGUGGCGUCUUGUAUUCAUCUUUUUUUCCCUUAGUACAGAACUGCCUAGUUGUUGUUUACAGUGCUGAUGUCGCGCUUUGUGGAGGUGGAAACGUGCAACCAAAGAAAUGUUUUUAACUGUUUUAAUUUUCCAUUUUUCGUUGUCUCGCUUUCUAUUUUUCUGGAAUUAUUUUCAACCGUCUUUAGUGUUUACAUGUCUCAUAUUGUUGGUCGGGGACUGAGACAUUUUUUUCCCCCAUUUUUUUGCCUUUUAGCUCAAGAGGAUUAAAAACUCUGAUCCAAAUAAGUUAAGUCUGCAGUUCUUGUUAUUUUAAACUGCAUUUCAACUUGUCCUUCCUUAAAGGGACAUUUCACUCCAGAAUUAAAGUUCAAUAUGUUUAC